AUGGUACUCAGCCAAAUCACGGUUUACAUUUUGUUCUUUCUUCAUCCAACCCCGUCCGGGAACCAGAUUUUGGAGAUUGUAGAAUCACAUGACUAUCACGAAGGCACGUACACCUGUGUAUUGUCUAACAAACACGGUCAGUACAUGUCCGCGGAUGCCACCUUACGCCUGAUCGAACCAAUUAAACCACGAAUUACCGAUGCACCGCCAGCGGACAAUAAUCGUGUGGUCGAGCACUCGGAUAUGGAAUUGCGUUGUUCCGCCUACGGACGUCCACGGCCACGAAUAUCUUGGUUAUGGCAGGAAGAAACACUGCCGUUACAUUUGGUUACCGGUGGCCGUUAUAUUGUUCGAUCUGUUGCGUCCGGGGUGCAGACCACGGUGCCCGCGGAUGCCACAAUCUAUUCAACCAAUUCGAUGAUUUUGGCCAGUGCCGAGGCUGCUGAGACCGAGAGUAUUCUACUCAUUCGUAAUGUCACCCAGGCAGAUGCUCACGGUCGAUAUAUCUGUUAUGCGUCUAAUCGAAUCGGGAGUGCACGUGUUUCCACAGUGAUACGUGUGAUACCACGUCAUGAAGCUAUGGCAGCAGAGAAAGGUACCGAGAUGUCUCAUUCCGUUGAGGCUGAAUCGAGUUCCGGUCAUACACCUGGUCCUCGUUAUACCAGUCCAGAAGAGUUACAAGCCCUACAGGGGGAUGAACUUGUUCGUCAUGUGAUUGAUAAAGCACGUGUUCGAAUUGAGGCAGCCAUAAGGAAGACAGCUGAACGUUUGCGUGAUCCAACUCGUCGACGUUCUUCAUCUGAUGUGGCUUCCCUGUUUCGUCAACCCAGUCAAGCUGCCUUGGAAUUGGCUAAAGCAGCUGAAGUAUACGAGGCAGCAAUUGAUGAAGUGACUAGUAUUCUAAGACAACGAAAUGAACAAUCAUUAAAAAUCGAAGGCUCUCCGGAUCCCGGGGAUACAAUGCCUGAUAUUGAUCGUGAUCCACAAUCUCGUGAAGCACUUGGGGUUAAACUAAGUGCAGAUCAACUGGCCAUUAUUUCUCAACUAUCUGGUUGUCAACAAUCCAGCAAUAUUGAUCCGUGUUCACGUCAGCUGUGCUUCCAUCUGCGUUAUCGAUCGAUCGAUGGCUCAUGCAACAAUUUCAAUCAUCCCCGUUGGGGUGCGGCUUUGACUCCAUUCCGACGUUUACUUGCUCCGCAGUAUGAGAAUGGAAUCAAUACACCGAUUGGUUGGUCUCCAACACGUCUCUAUUUCGGCUAUCCGAAACCGUCUGCCCGCUUGGUAUCCCGCGAAUUGUUGGGAAAUGCCACAUUACAGGUGAAAAUUGCCAAUCGGUAA